AUGGCUCCAUUGAAGGGUAUCAAGGUAAUUGAACUUGCCGGUUUAGCUCCAGGCCCAUUCGCUGGCCUCUUGCUAGCUGACUACGGUGCCUCGGUCCUACGCGUAGACCGACCCUCCGCAGUGAGUGCCGACCAAUUGACACGAAAUAAAACCUCAAUUACUCUGGACCUCCGCGAUGCCAGCUCUCGCAACGUGCUCCUCCGUCUUCUCACCGCCACAGACGUCCUGAUCGACCCGUUCCGACCAGGUGUCCUCGAGCGCCUCGGUCUUUCCCCAACUGAAGUUUUACAAAAGGUCAACCCGCGCCUCAUCGUCGCCCGCAUGACAGGUUUCCGCCGCGAUGGGAAAUACAAGGACAUGGCCGGCCACGAUAUCAACUACAUCGCCGUCUCGGGAGUUCUGUCCAUGCUGGGCCGUGCGGGGGAAAAGCCGUACGCGCCAGGCAACAUAAUAGGGGACUUCGCAGGUGGCGGUGCAGUCUGCUUCCAAGGCAUUCUUCUCGCGCUAAUUUCACGUUCCCAUACCGGUCGCGGUCAGGUCGUUGAAGCUAACAUGGUUGACGGCUCUGCAUACCUGGCUACAUUCCCUCGGCUGGCGCAAAAGACCCCCGCGUGGGCUGGUCCGCGCGGUGAAAAUUUACUCGAUAGUGGCUGUCCUUACUAUGAUACCUACGAGACCAAGGAUUCUGGAAAGUAUUUUGCGGUCGGGGCAUUGGAGCCCCAAUUCUACGCGGCGUUGCUGCGUGGACUCGCACUUGAUCCGAAAAGUCUUCCUAAGCGCGAAGAUCGUGCAAAUUGGUCCAAGCUGCGGGACAUCUUCACGCGUCGCUUUAAGGAAAAGACGCGGACGGAGUGGGAGGUUGUAUUUGAUGGCACCGAUGCCUGUGCAACCCCCGUUCUUGAGCAGGCGGAGCUUGAAGAUGCCGGAUAUGAGCAGCGUCCUAUCGUCCAUUUGGCAAGCACACCUGCGUCUCCUAUUCAGGCGGAUCAGGGUGGGUGGACUGGUGGAGGGCUUGCGCCCGGUGAUGGGGGCCAAGAAACACUCAGAGAGUGGAUGGGGUGGGAGCAGGACAAGGAUUUCGUUAUACGCAAGGAUGGGGCCCUGUUAUCAUCUGGUGGUAAGGUGAAGAUAUAA